UUAUGCCUCUAGGUAGAACUUUUCUGUGUGAAUCACCUGAUAAACUGCUCUUUGGAGUCUACGGAGGAGUUUAUUUGUAUGGAAUUUCGCUUUACUUUAAGAGAUGGUGGGAUGCCUGCAGCAUUCCAACUACUUCAUAUGGUACUUGAGCAUAGUGUAUGGCUGGAAGAUGCAUUUGAUAGAGCAAGACAACUAUAUUUGUCAUAUUAUCGGUCCAUUCCGAAAAGUUUAGAACGGUCAACUGCUCACAAGCUCAUGUUAGCAAUGUUGGAUGGAGAUGAGCGGUUUGUAGAGCCCACACCACAUUCAUUACAAAACUUGACGUUGCAGUCCGUUAAAGAUGCAGUAAUGAAUCAGUUUGUUGGUGAUAACAUGGAGGUCAGCAUUGUAGGUGAUUUCACUGAGGAUGAUGUUGAGUCUUGUAUUCUUGAUUAUCUGGGCACAGUUAGAUCAACAAGGAGUACUAAGGGAAGAUAUGGAUUCAACCCUAUAAGGUUCCGGCCAUCUCCAUGUGCUCUGCAGAUUCAGCAAGUAUUCUUGAAGGACACUGAUGAAAGAGCCUGUGCAUAUAUUGCAGGCCCAGCACCAAACCGCUGGGGCUUUACUGUUGAAGGGCAAGAUCUUUUUGGGUCUAGUAAUAGCUCAUUUCUUGAUGGGGAACAAUCUGAUUUUGAGGAAGCACUAGAAACAUCCCUGGGGAGGAAUGAUGUUAAAAAUGAUCUUCAGAGCAAACUUCAAGGUCAUCCACUAUUCUUUGGCAUUACACUUGGGCUCUUGGCUGAGAUCAUAAAUUCUAGGCUUUUUACUACAGUCAGGGAUUCUCUUGGACUGACAUAUGAUGUAUCCUUUGAAUUGAAUCUUUUUGAUCGGCUGAAGCUUGGGUGGUAUGUGAUCUCAGUAACGUCAACUCCUGGCAAGGUGCAUAAAGCUGUAGAUGCUUGCAAGAAUGUACUUAGAGGUUUGCACAGCAACAAGAUUGCUGAAAGAGAGCUGGAUAGGGCAAAACGUACUCUGCUGAUGAGACAUGAAGCUGAAACCAAGUCAAAUGCUUACUGGCUUGGAUUGCUAGCUCACUUGCAAGCCACUUCUGUUCCUAGGAAGGAUAUAUUAUGCAUUAAAGACCUUCCUCUGCUGUAUGAAGCUGCCACUAUCGAAGACAUAUACUGUGCAUAUAAGCAUUUGAAGGUAGAUGAGGAUUCCCUAUUUUCAUGCAUUGGAAUUGCUGGGGCUGAGGCUGGCGAAGAGAUAUCCACAUCCUUAGAGGAGGAAUUGGACACAGGCCAUGAGGGAGUUGUAGCAAUUGGGCGUGGUCUGUCAACAAUGACGCGGCCUACAACGUGGACCUCAAGUUGACUGUAUCCUGUGGUGAAGAUAUCUUGAGCUUUUUGGAGGUACACUUCUAAUGGGUUUCUAGUUUUUUAGCACACCUUUAGGGUGCAAGGAGAAAGAUUAUUGUUGAUGAGAAUACAGUCAGUCAACUUUGUUUCACUUCCAACUUUUAAGUGAAUGUAUUGGUUCUGGGGCUAUAGGAUCUGUACACGUCUUGGGCGGUCGGGCAAGGGCUAUAUGCGAAAGUUUUAGCCAAACUGAUCAUAAUUCUACUUUCUGGGGCCUUCAAAUAUACAAGUAGAUACACAAAUAUUCCACAGUUGUGGAAAUAUAUGUUCACACUGAUUUUUGUUCCUUUGGACCCAACCAAUAGUGGAUCCCAUUAAAGAAUCGGCUAUGACGCCAAACUUGAGAUAUUGUCUUUAUUUUAUUAGUUACUGCUACUUCAGAAUCC